AUGGCCGACCACCCACCAGCUCUGGUUCCACUCGACAACAGCCCCCCACCGUUUCAGUUGGUCGUCGCCCCGGCGGACCUUGCUGCCGAUAUCGCCGUCCCCGGAGAUCCUGUGGACGACCCGCCAAGCACCACAAAUACGUCCAACAGCUUGACGUCCACACCUCCCACCGCCCCGUAUGUCCUAGCCUUACAGCCAUGGAACUAUCGCACACGGUACUCUACCCAGGAUGUGCGCAGCGUCUGGGUGAAGCCAGUGACAGGCUACCAGAGCAUCGAGAGACGAUUUGGUCCCAAGGCACGAAAACGGAUAUAUGCACGUUUACAUGGCCAAAUUGCCGACGGCGACGAAGCUACUAAUUUCCAAGACCAAUUGUAUGACAGCGAUGGCGACGGCCAGUACAGCACGGAUCAUAACGGGAACAACAACAGCGAGAACCCCAACGGGGGAGCCACUGGCACAGGUUACGACAGCGACGGUGAAACCCCUGGCCAUCACACCAACGCCAACAACAACGAAACUCUGGACGCAGAGGACGCAGAGGAUGCCGAGAAUUUACAUGUACACGACUCCGACACGGAGGACGAUACGCCGUCUGAUGAGGGUCUUCCACCCACCGGCGACGCGGAAGCUUUGGAGAAUGCUUUCACCUCUCUGAAUAGCGGCCCUCUCAAUGCGGCCAGCGAACCAGGACCACCAGUCCCUCCAGUACAACCCAGCAUACCGAGUGCUCAGCCACGCUUCCCACCCGCUCCGAAUGUUUCUCGCGCACGCAUGAAUCUAACGGCCCUAUCGCAGCGGUACAAUCUCUACUUUGCCGUAUACCAGGCCGAGAUCCACAUCUUUCGACCGCAGCCAGCUCCGGAGAUCCUGCAUGGUCCUCUGCUUGUUCUCAAGCCUCCGCCAACGGCAGCGGGUCGCCAACUGGGUGGGCACAUGAGCCACGAGUUCCCUCACCAGGCGAACCAGAUCAAGAUUGGCGAUUUCGGUGGUAUGGAGAUUGUCGUGCUUGCGUACGACGAUGGCGAUGUCGUCGCCUACUACACGCAUCACAUUGUGGCCUAUGUCGAAAAUAUUCCAAAACGUCGACACCGGGGUCCGCAGCGGGCCAGGAGGGUACCAAAGCCUUUCUUCCGCGAGACCGUCGGAGCCACCGCCUGGGGCCUGGCCAUUCACUCGCAGUCCCGCCUGAUUGCCGUGAGCUCCAACCUGAGGGAAGUGAAUGUGUUCGCGUUUGCCAUCCAGCCUCCAAGGGCGGACGAUCCUUUGCAGCACAAAACCCAGCCCCUCGUGGUGCCCAGUGAUGACCUCUCGCCAACCACGUACGCGGGGGCCAGCGCACUGGAGCUCGAGUCCAUGCUUCGCCAGCGCGAUCGGUAUUGGCGCAUUUUGCUCCCCAUUGGGACAUCGGGCCAUAAUAUUCCAAGUAUUGAUUUCAUCAGCGACCAUGAUGGCAUCGCUGAAAAGGUCGCCGCAGUGGAUAUCCUUGGCAGCAUUUUCAUCAUGGACAUCUGGAAAGUCGGUAGCCGGCCACUCAAGAUUGGCUCGCCCUACAGGUCUGGCAUGAACAUUGGAUGGGGUGUCAUGGUCAUUCCCAUGAACAUGUUUCUUCCCACGAACAGAAUGCCCGCGCCCUCAGACCGACGGGUGCUGAAUCGAUGCCUCUUCCCCAACAUUGAUGGCACCUUUUACUUUUCGUACCUGAACGAUCCUGCCCGGAAAAAGCCGAAAUACACGCCGACUGCCAUUGAUACGUCCGAGCUCGAUACGGAAUCCGAUAGCGAUACAAGCAUGAGAGACAAUGUCGAUGAUACGCAAAUGUACGGGAGCGGCUACGAAACCGAAGAUUCCAGCGACGACGAUGAUGAAGAACACGAACGCGACGGUGAGAAUCGUGGGCAGGACGGCGACGGCGGCAUGGACUACAGCGAGGAAGACAGAUACAGCGACGACUCUCGUAUGGACGACUCAACACCUUACACUCACGGGCGAACCGAAAGCACCGAUAGCAACCCGUUUGCCUUUGAUCCCGCCACAAUGUCGAGACACUGGGAUGUUUUGUUGAAACGCAACCACUGGCCCGUCGUACCCAAUAUGCUGGAUUUGAAGAAGGACGCCAAAUCGCCUUUCCGUCUCGGCAUGAUUAUAUGCCCGAGCAUUGGCGUGACUUGGAGUAGCAAUAACCUGCAGUCCCUCAUCGGCACACUCAAGAACGCGCGUUGGCGCUUAGCCCACACGCUUGAAGAGAACCUCCAUGAGUUCCAGGUGCCUCAAUCCAAAGAGGCCAUGGACAUGGCGCGGCGGUUCUUUCUCAUCCGGACAUACUCGCAGACCGUCGAGCUGCUCCGGACCGACCGCACGGAGACGCCCUUUUACAUACAAAACAUCAUGAAGCCGCCAUCACGACUACCCUUUAUCCUGUGGGACAUGGCACACGACUUUUUCCGCUGCAGCCUACUGCACUGCAUCCCCGAGAUCAAUCUGGUGCUGGUAGGCAACAUGUUUGGUCGCGUGGUGCUCAUCCGCCCGCUGAAAAACCAGCAGGCAGGCUCGCCAUCGGCCCAUAUCAAUGCGCCGGACUACGCCUUCCGAGUCGAAUGGACGCUGCCGCUGGCCCGCGACGAACAACAAAAACUACGUCCGCCGUGCUGUCUGCUCGGCAUGGCUGUAUCUGCUGUCCCUGAGCCUGGCUCUGGUCGAUUUGGCGUCACAAACACGCGCACGCCAGGCCGGACACAACGGUCAAGGCGCUGGCGGCUCAUCCUGCACUACAUGGACCACUCCAUCUUCCAAUACUACAUUGAGGAGACCAAGCCGGGUGUCAAAAAGCUGAAAGUGCGUCCUUACUAA